AUGAAAGCGUGGAGCGGCGGGGGGCCAGAGCCUUCUGCCCCACACGCCGCGGGGCCUGGGAACACGGCUGCUCCUCCCCGAGACCCCCCGCUGCCCACAAGCCGGGGGGGCCCGUUUGACCCCCUCCGCUCCCAGGCUGAGAGGGAGGAAAAGCAGGCGCCGGUGUUAGCGGGGACGGAGGGGGUUGCCCAGCCCGGGGCGGGCAGGGCGCCGGCAGCCUUCCUUGCCCGCAGGGAUGGGGUGUACCCUUCUCCCUGCCUUGCAGCCCCUUCUUUCCUUAAGGCCGGGCCGCAAUUCCUGAGCUCCCCAGACCCUGGAGCCGCUGGGAAGCACACGGUCACCUCUCACGGGCUCUCUGCCCUGGUCACCCCAGCUGGGAAGUCCUACGAGUGCCAGGCACAGCAAACCAUCUCCCUCACCUCCAACCACCACCAGAAGCCUGUGCAGCUCCUGCUGUCUGAAGUGCAUGUCCAACCCUUCGACAUCACCUCGGAUUUUGUCUUCAGUGAAGAACACAAGUGCCCAGUGGACCAGAGGGAGCAAUUAGAAGAAACCCUGCCUCUGAUUUUGGGCCUGAUCUUGGGGUUGGUUAUUGUGAUAACCCUCUGCGUUUACCAUAUCCACCACAAGCUGACAGCCAACCAAGUGCAAAUUCCUCGGGACAGAUCUCAGUACAAACACAUGGGAUAG